ACGGAGGUUUAUAUACCCUCAAAGUAAACUUCCGAAACUUUUAGAAGCGUCAGUACUGAGUUGAGUUGGCUAUGAUUUAAAUAGGCCUAUUUAUCUCUUUACAAACGUUUCACACAUUUAGUCUCAUUGAGGCUAUCCAAACUUGUCAGGUCAGUUAGUCGGUCCAUAAUUUAUUUGAAAAGUAAUUUUUGGCAACUUGCAGGAGCAUCAUCAUGUAUCCAGAAUCUACAGUGGGGUGCAGCUUUGAGGAGUGCAGUGCUACAGCUGAAUGGCUCCUGUCCCGGACAGAGAUACGCCCCCUGGUGGGGAUAGUUUGUGGCUCAGGCUUGGGAGGCUUGGCAGAAAUGCUAAAAGACCAGAUGGCAUUUAAAUACAGCGACAUUCCUAACUUUCCCCAGAGCACAGUGCAUGGUCACGCUGGCAGGUUGGUGUUUGGCAUGCUGAAAGGGAAAGCAUGUGUUUGUAUGCAGGGAAGAUUCCAUCUCUAUGAGGGAUACCCCAUCCAUAAGGUCACAAUGCCCAUGCGGAUUUUCAAGCUGCUGGGUGUGGAAACUGUCAUCCUGACCAAUGCAGCUGGAGGCCUCAAUCAAGACUACAAGGUUGGGGACAUCAUGAUCAUCAAAGACCACAUCAACAUGCCUGGGUUCGCUGGGAACAACCCACUGGCAGGACCCAAUGAUGAGAGGUUCGGGGUUCGGUUCCCCUCCAUGUCUGAUGCGUACGACAGGGAACUUCUGCAGCUGGCACAAGGUGUGGGGGCGGAGCUUGGCUUUGCAGACUUCCUGAGAGAGGGAGUUUACUGCGUCCUGGGCGGGCCCUCGUUCGAAACCAUCGCUGAGUGUCGUAUGAUGAACAGACUGGGGGCUGACGCUGUGGGCAUGAGUACGGUGCACGAGGUGAUUGUAGCGCGUCACUGUGGGAUGCGUGUGUUCGCCCUGUCCCUGAUCACCAACCAGGCUGUGAUGGACUACGACAGCCAGGAGAAGGCCAACCACGAGGAGGUCCUGGAGACAGGCCAGCUGAGGGCAAAGCAGCUAGAGCGACUGGUGUCCAACAUGGUGACCCAUAUAGAGCACAACAAUAACGACGCCUGAUAACUCUGACUGAAUGUGGUUACACCGUGUGUGUAUGGGGGAAGGGGGGCAUUCCGUAAUCACCCUAUUGUACGUCCCCUAGAUAUCUGGCCACGCUGUUCUUUUUCUGUACUUUAACAUUCUUCAAGGUAGCUGUUUGUUGACAACAUGACUCAUUGUUUGUGUUAUGGAAACAUGACAAUUCGGAGUAAAGUACUAUUAUUUAUGAGCCCUGCACUAAACGUUUAUAAAUAUAGAGCUGUAUUGAGGUGAACUGACCCGGUGCACUGACAAUUUAAUGUGUUAACUUUAUAUUUAUUUUUGUUCAGUUCAGAAAUACUUGCACGUUGUACAUUUUCUAACAAGUGUGACUAAUAUGUAGAUUUUAAAAUUAGAUGAUAUAGGUGAAGUAAAUUACCAAAACGUAAGGGUGUUCCCAUAAUAUAGUGGGCUCUAAAGUGCGACCAAUUUGGUCGCAAAUGCAACAAAAUAUUUUCCCGUGCGAACUGCAGUUUUAAUUUUGGAGCACAGAGAGAAUGGUAAAGGGAUAGCUUCUUCAGGAGAUCCGUGAUUCUAGUAAAGAUGGUUCAGUAUGAAGAUGAUUAGAAACUGCUUCUCCAAUAGAAAUCCCAGAUCAUGCAUGCAUGCGAUGUCCUGGCAAAGUUAGCUAGCUAAACUCAUGUGCGGAAACACAUCAUUGGGUCGAACUGUCGUGUUGCACUGAAUUGCGCAUUUGCAUUCCGUCAAAUCAAAGGCACUCCUUCGAUAUAAAUGAAAACGUGUAAGUUUGUCACUUUCACAAGGUUAUGACAUGUUCAGCUACUUAAAACAUUGGCUCGAAUCUAGAUUGAAAAUCGAGAAAAUUAACGACCAAGGAAGAUUUUUCCACUCAUUGGUUUCCCAAACCCCAGUCUGGUCUGUCGAGUCGGCUUUGCGCCACGUUCCUGGAACUAUCACAAUGUUGUGCCUCUCUUGAGUAAAAAAAAAAAGCCACUUCCGGUAAUGGCCGUACCCCUUUCUAGUCAAAACCAUGAAUGUCAGAUCUUUUGCCUGUAGACAUCACAAACUUGACGCUCUUAAAGAGACACUGUACCAUUUACAAUGUAAUGCAUCUCAAUAAGAAAAUAGUGCUUUUGCAUAAUGUAGAAACCUUAUAUUCCCCACAUGACCAGUAUUUGUAUCAACAUUUUAGCUUUUUAUAAUAAACCAAUGUAUUUACAGCAUAACAUAUUCGUUUCUAGGGCACAACAUGUGCUUCAGAAAUAUAAUUAAUUUAGGCUAUAUAUGCUCUAUAAAAAAACGUUGCACUUCUGAUUUUUUACAGUUGGGAGCACCAGUGCUACCCAUGACAUGUUUGAAUUUAGACUGACUGUAACGUGCUGUAAAGUAGCAGUGUGUUGGUGUAUUAACAAUUAUGUUCUCUGUAUAUUUUUAAUACUUAUUUAUAGAAGCACUUUUUUAUCGUGUAAUGGAUGCUUUUUAGUCAACGUCUUAAAAAGGGGUUAAACUAGAUUAUUUUACCUUCCAAACGAUGGGUAGUUUUAGCUUUGCCUUUAUAAGAAUGCUCAUGAAUGUGUAUAUCGAUGGGGAUUGAAAGGUGAAUAUAGGGUAUUUUGUUGGUGCUACACAAGUCUUACUGUCACAAUAAACGGAGUCAACUUGAUA